CAGGGUCUCCAAGGCACUCAGCUACUUUCCCCCUUCCAUCAUCGCUGUGCCGCGUCCCCUGCCAGAAAAAACAUGUCGCUGCAGCUGAAAUCGCUGGUUCGGAAGGAGCUUCGUGCGCGGUUGCGAGCAAUGGACACUGCGACGCGCGCGGCCGAGUCCAAGCGGAUUGUCACUCAAGUGCUGACACAGUGCGAGCGGUACAAGCAGGCCAAGCAUGUGGCCAUGUUCCUGUCCAUGCCGAGCGAGGUGGACACGGCAGAACUGCUGGCCGACUCGCUCAAGGCAGGAAAGACAGUCUAUGUGCCGCGCUACGAGGCAGACACGAUGGACUUUCUGCGCGUGUACUCGUUGCGCGACAUUGCGACGCUGCCGAGGAACGAGAUGAACAUUGCGCAGCCAGAGUACCAUGUCAGCCAAUCCGUCCUCACACCCGAGGCGACCGAGGUCGAGAUGGCCUCUCCAGCAGAGGCAGCAGGAGGAGCAUCUGUGACGACAACUUCUGAGACAACUGCUCCGACCACUGCUCCGACAACUGCUACGACAGCUCACUCUAAUACGACGACGACGAACACGACGCCAAGUAUCAAAGAGUCUGCCGAAACAGUUGCGCGCGAAAAUCCGCUCGACAACGGCAAACUCGACCUCAUUCUCGUCCCAGGACUCGGCUUCACGGCAGCAGGCGAUCGCAUCGGACGAGGAAAGGGCUACUAUGACAAGUAUCUAACACGCAUUUUCACAACGUUCGCAGCCAACGGCUGGACCGCUCCUGCAACAAUCGCGUUGACGUUUCCGUGUCAAAUUAUGGACUCUAUUCCCACGGAUGCCACCGAUGUGCGAAUUGGCCACGUAUUGUUUUGAACAGUGAAGACAUUGUUGUUGUUCAAGUCGAGCGCCAUCGUUGCCAUUGUCCUCUGUUAAACGCGCGUUUUUAAUGUGAAGGUUUUUUCU